AUGGAGCAUUCACGUACUAUUCCUAAUCUGGUUUUGUUGAAAUUCCUGCAUGGCUUCUUUCUCUUAGUCUUAUGCAUGAUGAGCACAUGUCCGGAAUCUGCAGCAUUUCCCAGCUCUACCCUGCUUGGAAACGAAUCUGAUCGCUUGGCUUUGCUAGACUUCAAGAAAAGAGUAACUGAAGAUCCUCUCAGUGUCAUGAGCUCGUGGAAUCAUUCCAUCCACUUCUGCAGCUGGGUAGGCAUUACAUGCCACCGUGCCACCCAAAGAGUCUUGAUUCUGGACCUGCAAGAUAAACAAUUGGUAGGCUCCAUUCCACCUUCCAUUGGGAAUCUUACUCGUCUAAUUGAAAUAAGCUUGGGAAUCAACAAGUUUCAUGGUGACAUUCCUCAAGAAUUGGGUCGACUGCGGACCUUGGAAAGUCUCAACCUGUCUUUCAAUUCUUUAGGCGGGAAACUUCCGACUAAUAUGUCCCACUGUACACAACUCAAAUUUUUGGAUCUUUUAUCCAAUAAGAUUAUUGGGUCAAUUCCACGCCAACUGAGUUCAUGGUUGAGUUUGACUGUUCUACAACUUGGAAAAAAUAAUCUCAGUGGAACCAUCCCAGGUUGGAUAGGAAACUUUUCUUCUUUGAGGAAUCUUAGACUUCGCGGCAACAAUUUUCAAGGAAGCAUACCAAAUGAGCUCGGGCAUAUAACAACCUUGGAAUUAUUCAUAGUUGGGGACAAUAAUUUGUCUGGUAUGCUCCCUUCUUCAAUUUAUAAUAUUUCUUCCAUAUACAUAUUUGGUGUUUUUAUGAACCAAUUCCAUGGAGAGCUACCACAAAAUCUCGGCAUCCUGCUUCCUAAUCUCGUAGAAUUUUACUGUGGUAUAAACAAUUUCACAGGAAAUAUUCCUGUAUCAUUGUCAAAUGCUUCCAGACUUCAGCGGAUUGAUUUUGCUCAAAAUGACUUCACGGGGACAAUCCCUGGAGAAAGUCUCGGAAGCUUGCGAAGCUUAAUUUUCCUAAACGUUUUUUGA